AUAUACAUUUUAUAUUUUGAUGACAAAAAUCUCCUUUUUUUGUCUAUUUUUCUGCAUUUAGCAGAGGAAUAAAUGACUUCAGAGGAGCUAAAACAUUGCUUUUAAGAUUUAUCAUGAGUACCUCAGCAAGUGAUAGAUUCUCACUGACCAACGAGCAGUAUUUAGAAAAAUAUCACGUAUUGACCUACUUAGAGGAUGCAAUAGGACAGUUGUUGGAACAUAGAGAUGACAAUCCCAGAGUCCUACCAGCAAGAUUCCUUAGUGACUACUUCAGGAGUGUUGUCCAAGGCAACCAUACAUUAUUCAGAGGGUAUUCCUUCAUCAGAUCCACACCAUUCAACAGAUCAUGUUUUAUCAGGGUAUUCUGGAAGGCCUUCAGACACAUUGGUAAAAAUGGAGACCUUUUGACAGCAGCAGAAUAUCAUUCUCUCAUCUGUUUAUUAUGUCCUGACUUCCCAUUUGAGCCAAUACAGAAGGCAGCAAAGAUCAUUUUAAUGGAGGAUGCAAUGGAUUGUUUGAUGUCAUUUGUUGACUUUCUUUAUGCUUUUGAGAUUCAGUUUUAUUAUGAAGAAUUCUUUGAAGAACUUCACAAAGCCUACCAGAUGAUUCAAGCUGGUAAUCAUCGUCCAGGUCAGGUUGUAGUGGUACCAACAUUAGACAGACCACAACUUAAGGAACAACAAUCCACGCAAGCCAAAGACAAUCCUCAGAGUAAUCUUACUGAUGGAGUUGAUGUACAUACGUUUAUGGAUGCUGCUUUACAGAUUCUUCAUACACAUGAGCACAUUUUCAAGUGUCCUCCAGUGUCAGUUAUCAAGAGUAUUCUAUCAUCAGUAGAAAGGGUGACUUUUUAUGGUUUUUUAAUGGCUUUGGCCAAACACGAUGGAGCCAAUGAAAGCAUAGGUGCAUUACCCCAAAAGUCUUCAGUGAUGGAAGAGAUAGACCAAGAUAUGAGCAGUGCCAACUCGAGCAGACCAAAGUCAGCAAGAGCUAAAAGUGAGUGGAAGCAUUGACCAAAGUUAGUGAUGUUCGUUCGGAAUUUUGUACAUAUAAGUGUUGUACAUAUAAGUGAUGUCUUGUAAGUAGGACUUAUUUAUGCAGGGCGUGUUAAUCCCUUUUGAUAAAAGAUGGAAAUAACUUAAAAUAAAGACAAACAAACAAA